CAAGCGAUGUGCAUUUUUCUCUGCCGUCGGUGUAGUCAGAGCGUGGCGAACCUUAAACCUCUAGUUUAUGCGAAGCCUGAAGGAGGAGGACCUGAGACAGACACACGCAGCAGCAAAUCGCAAGUCAAGGAAUCCAAUAUCCCAUUUCCUCAAUUUGCCCAAAUUUCGUCUUCCAUAUCGAAAAAUUAUAGUUUCUGCAGGUUGCUGUAGAUUUUGAUUCAAUUGGGUGUUAAAGAUUAAAUAUGCAUCCUCCAUUGACGCUACACAAGCACCCCAUGUGUGCACAAAUCAUCGAGGAGUUUCAGAAGUGUCAUGUAGACCAUCCUAUUGCAAAAUUCUUUGGUGAAUGUACAGACCUCAAAAUACAGCUCGACCGUUGUUUCCGACAGGAAAAAGCUGUGAAGAGGAAGGCAAACUUUGAAGAGAGUAAAAAACUCAAGGAAAGGCUACAAACUUUGAGGAAGGAAACUGCUGAGAUAACCACUGAGAGUUCUGUACAGGCUUAAUAGCAAACCAAGGCAUUCUUUUAGCGACGGAAAAAAGGCGCAAUAUCAGGUACACUUCUUAUAGACGAAUAUAAUGUAGUAUGUUGCUUCCACAGAUUAGUGACAUGACAAGAUACUCCUCAAUGUCGUGUUGCUGGCGAUGCUGGCCUUUAUUUUCUUCAUUUUGUCGAACUUGUGUCCGAAUGGUCUCUUUCGUUUGAGGGAAACAAAUGUACAAGAGAAUGUUUCAAAAUAAUUUUGAAGUUUGAGAAAUAUUAUUCGUCGAAAAUAAAAGUAGGAUUCAUUUUCAGUCGUAGUUUCAA